AUGACAUCCAGAGCAGUUGGCCCAACCAGUUUGGCUGGCUCUCUGGAUGUCCAAUUCUUCCGGACGCCGAGUGGCCUAAAUUGUCUCUUCCUGUGCCAUGCGAAUGUCUGCUAUUCAGGCCAGGUCUAUCAUGUGUUUUUGCACUGGUUCCUUUGCCUGUCGACUACUUCUUCUGACCGUAAAGGCACAAAGAAUUCCUAUAUCAGCCCGGCAAGACAGCUUUCUGUCGGGACAGCCCAAACUGAUCCGGCAAACCCAACCCAACCCAACCGAUCCCUUUUCUCCAUCUUUCUGUGCUGA